AGACAAGGUACACGUUUCUUUCCUAUAAUCGUAGUUAUUUACGUUGUUUUUAUAUUAAGUAGAAUAUUAAAACCGUUUAUUUGUAUUAAGGUAUUAUCUUUCAAAAUCGUAGUUUUCAAAUAUCAACUGUUUUUAAGUCGAUGAGUAAAACUUUUCGAAGAUAUUUGAAGAUUUCUAAAAAAUGUCCGGAUGUAAACACUAAAAGUUCCAUAAAAUUACAUACGUGUGUAUUGAAAUGGCUACGAAAAUUAUCAAAUCCGGAGGGGCUGAGCCCGAUGUAUUUGAAACACAAGUCGCCCAAGCUCUGCUCGAGCUUGAAAUGAAUUCCGAUUUAAAAGCCCAGCUAAGGGAAUUGCAUAUUACAAAGGCAAGAGAGAUAGAUUUAAAUAACAAAAAAAGUGUUAUUAUUUACGUCCCUAUGCCUAAAUUGAAACAAUUCCAGAAGAUACAAACUAGAUUAGUGAGAGAAUUAGAAAAAAAAUUCAGUGGAAAACAUGUUGUAUUUGUUGGAGAACGUAAAAUUCUACCCAAACCUACAAGGAAAACUCGCGCUGCUAAUAAACAAAAGAGACCAAGAUCUCGUACUCUCACUUCUGUAUAUGAUGCUAUACUAGAAGAUCUUGUAUUCCCUGCUGAAAUUGUAGGUAAAAGAAUCCGUGUUAAAUUAGAUGGGUCGCAACUGACUAAGGUUCAUUUGGACAAGAACCAACAAACUACAAUUGAGCAUAAGGUCGACACUUUUGCUUCAGUUUACAAGAAACUUACUGGCAGAGAAGUAACUUUCGAAUUUCCAGAACCAUAUUUGUAAAAUGUCAGUUUAUUAAAUAAUUGAAAAUU